AUGGGACUGUCUAGUAUAGUUCAUUAUGGGGUGGAUGCCACUCUUAUAGCCAUGCUCCUGGCAGCCGUAAGACACAAUACGGGGAAAGUAUUUGCUUACGAAACAUACGACUUUUCCAGUAUUCUUCACGGUUAUAUGAAUUGGGGUGAAUAUUGUUAUAACUGGCUUCUGGGUUAUGUCAAAAACUCUAAACGUUUUAGAAGAGAAAUUGAAGCUGAUGGGUUUUCUAAUGACGUUGUCCUGGAUUACAAGAGAGAUGAUCCUCCAAGAAGUGAGAGAAGUAGAAUCUCCAUACUUCCCAGAAAUUGA